AUGUUACGCGUUAGUCUUGUAAUCCUCGUUCUUUCUUCGGUGCUCGUAAAAAAUGGUAAUUUUGUAGGCACUUCUCUAGGUGACCCGAUCCCCGCUGGUCGCUGUCGACCAGUUCUGGAUUCGUUCUAUCCUCAGGGACGUAUAGUUGGUGGUCGGGAGACAAGUAUCGAAGAACAUCCCUGGCAGGUGUCCCUCCAGGUGUCAGGUUUCCACUUUUGUGGCGGUAGCAUCAUAUCCGAGGACACAAUACUGACAGCUGGCCACUGUACCGUCAACUAUCCAGCCUCAAUGAUGUCCGUGCGGGUUGGCAGUUCCAAAACAUCUAGUGGAGGAGCACUUCAUGAAGUUCAGAAAGUUGUUCGCCAUGAAAACUAUAGAACCGGAUUUUAUGGUGCCCCAGAAAACGAUGUUGCUGUACUGAAGCUCAAAUCAAGCAUUGUGUUGGGCAAAACAAGCCGACCCAUCCCGCUGUUCGAUGCGAAGGAAAACGCUCCCGAAGGUGUGCUGUCCACCAUUUCAGGUUGGGGAAAUCUUCAAGAGGGUGGCAAUGCUCCUGCUGUUCUGCACACCGUAGACGUACCCAUUGUCUCCAAGACGGACUGCAGCAAGGCUUACGAACCAUGGGGUGGUAUUCCCCAGGGACAGAUUUGCGCUGCUUUCCCAGCCGGUGGUAAGGACACCUGCCAAGGCGAUUCCGGUGGCCCGCUCGUCAUUGCUGGACGACAAGCUGGAAUUGUCUCGUGGGGCAACGGCUGUGCCAGGAAGGGAUACCCCGGAGUCUACACUGAGAUUGCGGCUGUUCGAGAAUGGAUAAGAGAACAUGCGAAUGCAUGAGUCUACAUUUGCCUUUUAUUUACUGGCUUGAUAUGAAUAAAAUCAGUUAAAAACUAUACAUAAUUUCUGUAAUUGCAUCCCUUUCCUUUAAUUUUAUUAAUAUCUGCUUUUCUUGAUGAAAUUUC